AUGGACUAUGACGGGGGAAACACAGAUAGAAGUUCUGGAGGCCAGAAAUCCAAACCCUGGGUUUCAGUAGGGUGUGCUCCCUCCAAAGGCUCUGAAGGAGAACCUUCCCCUGCCUCUUCCUGCUUCUGGUGGCUCCAGGUGUUCCUUGGCUUGCAGCUGCUUCACUCCAGUAUGCUGACUCCUGGAGGGGAGAACCAGCCACAGGAGCACAGCAUAAGUGACAUCCUCACGACCUUACAGACUCUGGCAACAGUGCCCCUAAUCCCAGAGGUCGUGGAGCUUCCACCGCCACUGCCCAGGAGCCCUCCUUGUGUACAUCAUCAUGGUUCCCUAGGAGUGGAUUUACCAGUUACCAUACCAGAAGUUUCUUCAGUCCCUGAUCAGAUUAGAGGAGAGCCCAGAGGCUCAUCAGGACUUGCAAACAGCAGACAGAAGAGCUAUGAUCACUCAAGGCACCAUCAUGGGAGCAGCAUUGCUGGAGGACUGGUGAAGGGGGCUUUGUCUGUUGCUGCCUCUGCAUACAAGGCCCUGUUUGCUGGGCCACCAGUCACUGCACAGCCAAUAGUUUGUGAAGAUCAGACAGCAGCCCUGAUGGCCCACCUCUUUGAAAUGGGAUUCUGUGACAGGCAGCUGAAACUACGGCUGCUGAAGAAACACAAUUACAAUAUCCUGCAGGUUGUGACAGAACUUCUUCAGUUAAACAACAAUGACUGGUACAGCCAACGCUAUUGAGGAGUGACCUUGUAUUAAAUAACUGCCUGCUUCUCAGAGAUGAUCUUUAUUCUGUCAUUGGGGUACAGGAUAGAAGCCCUUGCUUACUUUUAAUCUGAUGAAUCUGUAUGGAGCCCAUCGUUGAGUUACCAGGACAAUACCUGUUACAGUAUUUUGGGGAGCAAAUUAAAGACCAGAGCUUAAAUUUGCACUUUAGACAUUGGAUGAAUAGUAUGAAGACAGUUUUUCAGUUGAUUUGGAUAAAACUAUUUUAGUGCAUUGACAAAUGUAACUUCAACUUCAUAUAGAACCAUUUUUCUUUCUG